AUGAUAACACCGCCAUCAUUGCUUUCUCUCACCAUUGACUCGGCCGUUCACAAUCUCUCCGACAUCUCCGAUCUCUCUCCCAUCCCUGAUCACAUCCUCCUCGAUCUCUUCCUUAGAAUAUUGAAAGCAGGAAAACUGACUGAAAAAGUUCUCAAACUGUUUAUAGCAACCGGUAAGGACGAAGUAAUCUCACUUGUUCAGGCAUUGAAUAUUAGACAUAUCAUCACCCCUGUGCUUCCUACCAGAUGUUCUGAGAAAUUCUAA